AUGUCGCUUCUCAAGAACUGUGUUGACCGCUGCUCAACUUCGAUUUAUAACCUGACUACAUCAACUUUGAAACACUCUCCUCGCAUCAUUCUAUCCAACCGUUUGCCUAAUCGGUCAUAUCAUUCUUACUCAUUACGAGGCCAACUCCGGAUCCAGAAAGUGAACGGGGCCUCACCACAUACGAAUGCAAAAAACAAGCCCGCGAUUUUAAGACACGCGCGAUCGAUUUUCAUUCAAACGGAACCAACGCCAAAUGCCGAUGCGUUAAAGUUCAUACCAGGCCGACCGGUGAUGAAAAGCGGCAGCCGAGAGUUCCUCUUAGGCGACGAUACCCGAUCAUCGCCACUAGCACGAUCACUGUUAUCGGUUGAAGGCGUAAAAUCGGUAUUUUUCGGGCCCGAUUUCAUCAGUAUCAAUAAAGAAAGCGAAGCGGGCUGGCCAACGAUGAAGCCGGAAAUUUACAGCCUUUUGAUGGAAUUUUUCAGUGCCAGCGAUCGACCGGUUGUUCAAGAAGGUCCGAUUGAAGAAGACUCUGGUCCGCUUGACACCCGGAUUAAUGAUGACGAUAGUGAAGUUGUGGCUAUGAUCAAAGAGCUGUUAGACACAAGGGUCAGGCCUGCAAUCCAGGAAGAUGGUGGCGAUUUGGAGUACAAGGGGUUCAAUGAAGAGACUGGGGUUGUUCAGCUGAUGCUCAAGGGUAGCUGUCGGGGAUGUGAUAGCAGUGCGGUGACUCUCAAGAGUGGAAUUGAACGGAUGCUGAUGCAUUACGUACCGGAAGUGCAGUGUGUGGAGCAAGUGCAGAGCGAAGAGGAAAAGAUGGCUCAAGACGAAUUUGCUAAAUUUGAAGCUCGUCUUCGAGGAGGAGGAAAAACGGUGGAUAUUUAG